AUGGCUCCCUCGCUGAUCACCCCACCUCCCAGCCGGUCUGGCGAGACACCAGCCAUCACUAACAACGCCUGCUACGACCAAGCGCAGGAAGUUGCCCAACCCGACGGCCACUGGAUAAGGCUGCCCGAAGCCCUGUUUUCGUCUAUCAUGGCCGUGGAGCCAGAGGUCAAUCCCUUGUACAAACAAUCCAAAGCUCUAUCAGAUGAAUGGCUGCAAACUGCAUUGCAGAUGAACGAAAAAACCGCCAGCAUCUGGAGCAGACUGGACAUUGCCUUCAUGAGCGCAAUUUGUGCUCCGCAUGCUGAUCUCGACACGUUAAAGCUCAUGAACGACUGGAAUGGGUGGGUUUUUGCAUUUGAUGACCCAUUUGACGAGGGCACAUUCGCCAACGACCCCAUCAAGGCAGCCGAAGAAGUCAUCUACACACUCUCGACGCUAGACAAUGUCCACCCAGUAGUGUCGCCUCAGGAGAACCCCCUACGCCAUACCCUACAGUCCUGCUGGAUGCGCUUCCGAGAACGAUCGAGCCCCGGCCUACAGUACCGAUGGAAGAAGCACCUAACCAUGUACUGUAUUGGCGUGCUACAGCAAGUUGGUGUCCAACACAGGGCUUCGAGACCAACCAUCGAAGAAUACAUGGAUAUGCGCGCCGGUUGCGUGGGCGCGUACCCCUGCAUAGGGCUCAUGGAAUUCGCUGAAGGAAUUGACCUGCCUCAAUACGUCAUGGACCAUCCCUCAAUGGAAGCCAUUUCACGAAUUACCUGCGAUCUGGUCACACUCCAAAACGACCUUUGCUCGUACCGAAAAGAUCUUAUCCAGGGUGAAGAGAGUAAUAUUAUCUUCAUCCUGAAGGAUCAAGGAAUGACCGAUCAGCAAGCUGUUGACCAGAUUGGCGAAAUGCUCUAUAACUGCUACAAAAGAUGGCAUGUCGCGAUACUUGAUCUUCCCUUUUGGGGAGAGGGUAUUGAUAGGGAUGUUAUAAAGUUUGUCAACGGCUGCCGCAACAUUGCCCUUGGCAAUCUACACUGGAGUCUGUAUACCUUUAGGUACCUGGGAACCGAGGGCCCAGAGGUGAAGAAGACACGCAUGAUGAAGCUCCCCUUUACAUCGAAACAGUUAAACUCUGUUCAAGGAAGCGAACUAGAGGGACGUAUGGAGUAUUGA